AUGCUCAGGAAACAAACGAUCACCGAUUUAGAAGAUCCCUCUUGCUUUCACUUCAAAGAAUUGUGGUUAUCAAGUGACGAUAGCGAUGAGCAAAAACUGCUAGAGCUGUUCUGCUUUGGGACCAUCGGCGACGUACCUGAGCAUAUGAGUAUUUCGCCUCUUAUGUGGAGAAAAAUGACAAAGCUAACAUUACUCGGCCUGGCCACUGAAGCACGGUCCCUCAAGUACAGUUAUGUGAUGGAGCAAUGUAGGCUAAGGAAUGGAGAAGAAGUUGAAGAAACCUUUAUAGCUCUCCAAGGCCUAAUUGAUUUUCAAAUUGACAGUGUCGAGAGCACGAUCAAGAUUUUACAGUGCUUCGAUUGUAGAGAUGUUUACGGAGGUGAGCGGGACUUGCUUCUGUUGCACGAUGUUGUUCCUACGAAGCUCACAUUAAUCCGAGACCUCCUGCGAUGGAAAGACAAACUUGCUCGUGAAAUAUAUGAUAAUAAAUAUACGUGA